AAGCACAAUUCGUAUCACGUCACGUUUUUAUUAAAGGAAGAAAAGAGAAAAAAAAAAAAGGUCUGCUUGUAUAUUCUCCCCUUUUUUUUAUAUAAAAUUAUGCAACAAACAUCAACAGAACUAGACUUUAUUCACGCUUACCUUGACAGACUAUCUGUAAAGUCUGUUAGAUAUGGUCAAGAUUAUUUGACGCAUACUGUGCCUACUUUAAGAAUCAAGAGACAACCUGUUGUUCAUAAAGUCUCAUCCGAAUCAAAUUCAUCACCUGCAACAACAACAACAACAACAGAAUCAAACGACAAGUUUCAACUGAAUAUCAAGGUUUUAAAGCCUUCGUUUCAGUUUAGUAUUGGUGGUCUGCAGUCCAAUGAUACCGUGUCUCAUUUGAAACAACGCAUCUACCAACAACAAAGUGCAUACCCUGUCAAUCGUCAGCGUUUACUUGUGAAGGGUAAAGUACUAGGAGACCAAAAGACGUUGGGAGAAUUAGGCUUAGAAGGAGACAGUGUUGUUCAUUUGAUGCUCACAGCAGCACCUGCUUCAAAGACAGGUCGAUUUGGCAUUUCUGCCGAAGCUGAACAAAAGAUGAACAGCUCCGAGUUUUGGGAAACGAUCGAAAAGACACUUGUGGAUCAAUUAGGGCAAGCGGAUGCAACAUUAGUUUUUAGUAAAGUGAAGGCUGCUCUUACGCCAUAAAAGGACAAAAAAAAAGGAAAAGGGUCAG